AUGGUCUCCACCAGAAGAACCCGAGUUCUCAUUCUUACAGCCAUCCUCUUCACAGUGGGUCUUUUGAUCUUCGCCGUUCACGGACCGCGAUACGAUCUGGCUGUGGACCCGCGUUCGUCCAGCCAAAAAACCGUCAAAACUACGGACAACAACAUCGACAAGGAGGUGCUGGAGGUCAACGAGGAUGAGGGAGUGGCCCACAAGAGCGAGAAGGAAAAGACAGAAAAAAUCGUCAAGGGCGAGGAAAAGGCCGACUUGACCACGUCCCAGGGCGAGGAGUUCAACCCCGAGAAGGAAUACCAGUCGAUUCUCAAGUUGGCACCAGUCAUUGUCUUCUCCAAGUCAUACUGCCCCCAUUCGCAGUUUGUCAAGGACCUGUUGCAAAAGGAAUACGCCAUCACGCCCGACCUGCAGAUUGUCGAGCUGGAUAAGCACCCCAGCGGCCCGGAGCUGCAGGCAUAUGUGAAACAGAAGACCGGACGAGGAACCGUGCCCAAUGUGAUUGUGGCCGGCAAGUCUCUUGGAGGAGGAGACGAGAUGCGAGCUCUGCAUAAGGAUGGCGAGCUCGCAGAGACAUUCCAUGAGGCCGGACCCAAGGCCCUGACCGUCGUUAGAAGAUCCCCUUUGUAG